CUCCAGUAUGAAUGUGCAAAUUAACACGUGGUUAAAUGUUAACCUUAGGCUUUGACAGCAGGGGUCGCUGUAGUCAUUAUUUUGAACUGUUUACGGAAGUCCUAGUGACGUGUCACUGUCCACCGAAGCAUUGUGGGAAGGGAAGUGGAGCUGCUGACGGCAGCUGAUGGCUGACUGCUCAUUUUGACAGAUAUCUUUGAUUAGUGAGCAAUUUUAUUGAAGAAUAACUCAGAGAAACGAUGCUAUUCCAUGACGCCGAUGUUGACGGGCAUUGAAAGAGGAGAACAUAUGCCGGUGUCAUCGCGGCUCUGCUGCGCCCAAAGCAGAGAGACUGGAUACGACUGUGUCAAUGGACCGCGGCGUUUUUAUUUUAUUUUCCAAGGCAGGCGAAUAAAGUAGCAACGGAUCAUAUCCCCGCUGUGGAUGGGCGGCGGGAACGACUCUUUAUCAUUUAAAGUUUCCUGAGGUUUUCCGUCGAAGGUGCCGUUGAAGAUGUCGACCAGCAGCCCCGAGGCGGUGAAGAAAUUGCUGGAUAACAUGCAGACGGACCUGCGGUCUCUGUCCAUGGAGUGCAAGAAGAAAUUCCCCCCAGUCAAAGAGGCUGCAGAGUCUGGUAUUGUGAAGAUUAAGACCAUCGCAGCCAGGAAUACAGACAUACUGGCAGCUCUGAAAGAGAACAGCUCAGAGGUUGUACAGCCUUUUCUGAUGGGCUGUGGCACCAAAGAGCCUAAGAUCACCCAGCUGUGUCUGGCUGCCAUCCAGAGACUCAUGUCCCAUGAGGUGGUAUCUGAGGCAGCAGCAGGGAACAUCAUAAACAUGCUGUGGCAGCUGAUGGAAAAUGGUUUGGAGGAGCUCAAACUUCUACAGACCGUCCUUGUCCUGCUUACCACCAACACAGUUGUGCAUGAUGAAGUGCUUUCCAAGGCCAUCGUGCUGUGUUUCCGUCUUCACUUCACAAAGGACAACAUCACAAACAACACAGCAGCAGCCACUGUCAGGCAGGUCGUCACUGUGGUGUUUGAAAGGAUGGUGGCUGAAGAUGAGCGUUUCAAAGGCAUUGCGGAGCAGCCUCCUCCCGUCCAGGGAAACACCAACAGACGAACUGUUAGUACUCUGAGGCCCAGUGCUAAAGAUGCAUACAUGCUCUUCCAGGACUUGUGCCAACUGGUCAAUGCAGAUGCCCCCUACUGGCUAGUGGGUAUGACAGAGAUGACACGGACAUUUGGCCUGGAGCUGCUGGAAUCUGUUCUCAAUGAUUUCCCUGGCGUAUUCCUACAGCACCAGGAGUUCAGUUUCCUGCUGAAGGAACGCGUGUGUCCACUUGUCAUCAAGCUCUUCUCCCCCAACAUCAAGUUUCGGCAGGGCAGCAGCAGCUCUGCUUCACCAGCACCUGUGGAGAAACCUUAUUUUCCGAUCUGCAUGAGGCUGCUGCGUGUUGUGUCGGUCCUUAUCAAGCACUUCUACAGCUUACUGGUGACUGAGUGUGAGAUUUUCUUGUCUCUGUUGGUGAAGUUUCUGGAUGGGGAGAAGCCACAGUGGCUGAGAGCAGUAGCUGUAGAAUCAGUCCAUAGGCUAUGUGUGCAGCCACAUUUACUGCGUUCAUUCUGCCAGUCAUACGACAUGAAGCAGCACUCCACUAAGGUAUUCCGAGACAUCGUCAAUGCACUGGGAUCCUUCAUCCAGUCCCUCUUCAUUGUCCCCAAUGCAGGCAGCACUCCAGCUGUCAGUGCACCUGCUGGUGCCUCGGGCUCAGGCGUGCAGGGCACAGCACAGGGCGGCCCAGGGACAGGAGGAGUUGGUAGCAACCUGACCACCCAGGCUGCAUUUGAAUACCGUGGCACCUGGAUCCCCCUCAUGACUGUUAGCAUCCAGGGCAGUGCUAAGGCUACCUAUCUAGAGAUGCUGGACAAGGUCGAGCCCCCAUCCAUCCCAGAGGGUUAUGCCAUGUCUGUGGCCUUUAGCGGUCUGUUGGACCUGGUCAGGGGCAUUACUUCCAUGAUAGAAAGAGAGCUGUCUAUGGAGGAGGAGCUGGCUGCUGAAUUCAGGGAGGCUCACCCAGACCAGGAGUGGCAGCCACAACCUGGAGCCCACCUCGUGUGGGAGGAGAUGGUCAGUGCCUGUUGGUGUGGUCUACUGGCUGCACUCUCUCUGCUGUUAGAUGCAAGCACUGAUGAGACAGCGACUGAGAACAUCCUGAAGGCAGAGCUGACCAUGGCGUCACUGUGUGGUCGUCUAGGACUGGUGACACCCCGAGAUGCCUUCAUCACAGCCAUCUGCAAAGCUUCUCUGCCGCCACACUAUGCACUGACUGUUCUGAACAGCAACACCGCCAACUUCUCCAGCAAAGCUUACUCCAUCCAGGGCCAGACUGUGCAGAUUAUCAGCCCCUCCAGUGAAUCUCAUCAGCAGGUGGUGGCUGUGGGGCAGCCACUCUCUGCCCAGCCCCAAGGCACAGUGGUGCUGACAGCAAAGAAUAUCCAGUGUAUGCGAACCCUGUUGAACCUGGCACACUGCCAUGGAGCUGUGCUGGGCACAUCCUGGCAGCUGGUACUGGCUACACUGCAGCAUUUAGUCUGGAUACUGGGGCUGAAGCCGGGGCUUGGCGGUGCCCUGAAGCCAGGCCGAGCUGUGGAGGGACCCAGUACUGUGCUGACCACAGCAGUGAUGACAGACCUGCCCGUCAUCUCCAACAUCCUGUCCAGACUUUUUGAGAGCUCCCAGUACCUAGAUGAUGUGUCCCUCCAUCACCUGAUCAAUGCUCUGUGCUCACUCUCCGUGGAAGCCAUGGAAAUGGCUUAUGGAAACAACAAGGAGCCGUCUCUCUUUGCAGUGGCCAAGCUCCUGGAGACUGGCCUAGUUAACAUGGAUCGCAUAGAGAUCCUUUGGAGGCCGUUGACUGGCCACCUACUUGAGAAGGUCUGCCAGCAUCCAAACUCCAGGAUGAGAGAGUGGGGAGCUGAGGCAUUGACUGCUCUCAUCAAAGCCGGAUUGGCCUUCAAACAUGACCCUCCACUGGCCCAGAAUCAGCGGCUGCAGCUUCUGUUGCUGAACCCCUUGAAAGAGUUGUCCAAUGUCCUGCACGCCGACAUUCGUCAGAAACAGCUGGAGAGUGUCCUGCAGAUCCUCCAGAGUCAGGGUGACAGCCUGGGACCCGGCUGGCCUCUUGUGUUGGGUGUAAUUGGAGCCAUCCGCAAUGAUCAAGGCGAGUCACUGAUCCGAACAGCCUUCCAGUGCCUGCAGUUGGUAGUGACAGACUUUCUGCCCACCAUGCCUUGCACAUGCCUCCAGAUUGUAGUGGAUGUGGCCGGCAGCUUUGGCCUGCAGAACCAGGAGCUCAACAUCAGCCUCACCUCCAUCGGCCUACUGUGGAACAUUUCGGACUACUUCUUUCAAAGAGGUGAAGCCAUCACACAGGAGUUAGAAAAGGAGGAAGAAGCUCUACAGAAACAGGCCCGGGAGAAAGGAGAGAAACUGAACAGACCAUUCCACCCUGCCCCUCCCUUUGACUGCCUGUGGUUGUGCCUUUAUGCCAAGCUGGGCGAGCUGUGUGUUGAUCCACGGCCCGCUGUGCGAAAAAGUGCUGGACAGACAUUGUUUUCCACUAUUGCCGCUCACGGGACCCUGCUGCAACAGCCAACGUGGCAUAUUGUAGUCUGGAAGGUGCUUUUCCAUCUGCUCAACUGCGUGAGGACGUCGUCCACCACCGCGGACAAGGAGAAGAUUGAGUCCGGGGGCGGGAACAUCCUCAUCCAUCACUCGCGUGACACAGCGGAAAAACAGUGGGCAGAGACGUGGGUGCUGACGCUAGCUGGGGUGGCACGCAUUUUCAAUACAAGGCGAUAUCUACUCCAGCAAUUAGGUGAUUUCUUUGAGGCCUGGGAGGUGCUGCUGAACCACAUUCAGUCAGCUGCUCUUAGCAAAAACAACGAGGUCUCCCUCGCUGCGCUCAAGAGCUUUCAAGAGAUCCUACAGAUCGUUACACCUGUGAAAGACUCGGACAAACCAGGGGACGCGCUCGCUGCUAUGGGUGUCCCCCCAGUGCUCAUCGACCCUCUCUCAGCGUCUGGUCCCGGCAGACCUUUGGUGCGUUCAGAUUCACUAGUCGAGCGUCUGACGCGAUACAACGGCGCUGAACUGCAGGCCCCUCCCCCGGGGGAGGAGUCAGCCUUAGAGGACUCAGCAUUGUGGUGGUCAGCAUGGAACACCUGGUAUAGAACAGGAAUUGACUGCACAAAGCCGCCUAGUGGCCCAACAGAUAAGUUCUCCUUUAUCCCGAGCCAGCCCUUCCUCACAGCGUUGAUCCAGAUUUUCCCAGCGCUCUACCAGCACAUCAAGGCCAACUUCAGCAUGGAUGAUCUGAAGAAGCUGGGGGUCAUUCUUCAUGGAGCGGUGUCUGUGCCCAUCAGCAGUGAUGCCUCACCUUUUAUCCUCCCCUCCUACACUGAGGCAGUUCUCACCAGCCUACAGGAAGCUGUACUCACAGCCCUUGAUGUGUUGCAGAAGGCCAUCUGUGUGGGCCCUGAGAACCUGCAGGUCAUGUACCCUGCCAUCUUUGAACAGCUGCUACUCUUCGUGGAGUUCUCCUGCAAGCCGCCUCAGUACGGCAGGAUGGAAACCAAACACGUGGCCAAUGCCAAAUACAACCAGAUCCAGCUGUUUGCACCGGCAGAGUGGGUUGCCUUAAACUACGUGCCCUUUGCUGAGCGCUCUUUGGAGGUAGUGGUGGACCUGUACCACAAAACGGCGUGCCACAAAGCUGUCAUCAAUGAGAAAGUUCUGCAGAACGUCAUCAAGACGUUAAGAAUGCCGUUGGGUUUGAAGUAUGCCUGUCCAUCAGAGACCACCUGGAAGCUCGCUGUUUCGUCCCUGCUCAAAGUGCUGCUGAUCGGGUUGCCCGUGGCACGUCAGCACGCCUCAUCUGGGAAGUUUGACACUAUGUGGCCGGAGCUGGCCAAUGCCUUUGACGAUUUUCUUUUUACCAAAAGCACACCUCCAGAUAACCUUUCUAUCCAGGAAUUUCAGAAGAAUGAAGCCAUUGAUGUAGAGGUAGUCCAGCUGAUCAGCACGGAGAUUUUACCCUUUGCCAAUUUCAUUCCCAAAGACUUUGUCGGCCAGAUCAUGACUAUGCUCAACAAAGGUUCCAUUCACUCGCAGUCUCCCUCGUUCACAGAGGCAGAGAUUGAUGUGCGGAUGAGGGAAGAGUUUUCCAAAGUGUGCUUUGAGACACUGUUGCAGUUUUCCUUCAGCAACAAGGUCUCCACCCCGCAGGAGGGCUACAUCUCUCGCAUGGCACUUUCUGUGCUCCUGAAGAGGUCCCAGGACGUCCUCCGGCGCUACGUAGAGGAUGAGAGGUUGAGUGGACGCUGCCCCCUGCCCAGGCAACAAGUGACAGAGAUUAUCUUUGUCUUGAAAGCUAUCAGCACUUUGAUGGACUCGCUUAAAAAGACACAGCCAGAAAAUGUGGAUGGCAACACUUGGGCUCAGGUGAUCGCCCUGUAUCCCACGCUGGUCGAGUGUAUUACAUGUUCCUCAUCCGAAGUGAGCUCCGCUCUGAAAGAGGCCCUCGGGCCCUUUAAAGACUUUAUGCAGCCGCCUGUCUCCAGAGUCCAGAAUGGAGAGUCCUGACCAGGCUGCCACUGAGCUCUUUGUGUUUUGUUUUUUAUUAUGAAGAAGUCUUUGAAUGUGUCUUCUCGACCCAUGUGCUUUUCAAGUGCACAGACAUAAACUCAACGUGAGACCCAUUUACGGUGACAUGAAGAUCCAAGGCCUGCCGAGGUCACGUCAACAACCCUGCCCUUCAUACGAAUCAUCGUAUGCUUCUCAUGUGAGCUGAAAGCGCCUUCGCCCCUUCCACUCUCAUACAGACUGGCUGCAUUCUUGUGUUAACCACAAAGAUUAAAAAAAAAAAGAAAGAAGAAGAAUUUGAUGUGUUGCCUCUGGGUGUGUGGUGAUGUUGAUUUAAAAAAAAAUAAAAAAAAGAGACAUCUUGAUUGAUCUUAAAAAUAAAUAGACUUUUGCAACAUUUUCAACAGUGAGGAUUUUAUGCAAGAAAAAACAAAUCUUACUGUAACAUUCCAUGUCACCCUUAGCCAGCCAUCUGAGAAGGGAUGUACUUGUCUGUAUAAAAUAAAUGGAACAAUUGUACAAUUAG